UCCCGGAUACUUAUUGUAGAGAAAACGCGUGGCCAUCUCUGUGGUUACCUCUGGGCUUUGGAAAACGGUGGAAACAGGUGUAUCUGAGCAACUCAAGAUGCCUCUUCUCCCUUCAAGGUUCAUCUACGUGUGCUUACAUUUCCUAGUCCUCUACUUUCAAGUACAGGGGGGCCCAGGCUUAGGAUCUGUACAGGUCUCCUGUCACAGGGUCUAUAAUGAGUCUCAGCAAACGUCUGCUGACUUUCGGGUGUACGUUGAGAACCGCACAGGGACCCCGGAUGACCUGAGCCGGAAGCAGAUCCGGAUAUAUCAGCUUUAUAGCCGCACGACUGGGAAGCAUGUCCAGAUUCUGGGGAAGAGGAUCAACGCCAAUGGGGACGAUGGGGGCAAGUAUGCUCUCCUGGUGGUGGAGACAGAAACAUUUGGGAGCCAUAUCCGAAUAAAAGGGAAAGAAAGUGGGUACUACAUCUGCAUGACCAACAAAGGCAAGAUUAUUGGAAAGCUUCAAGGGAAGAAUCCAGAGUGCGUCUUUGUGGAAGAAGUUCUGGAAAACAACUACACGGCGCUUGUGUCCGCCAAGUAUAAAGGCUGGUACCUCGGCUUCAACAGGAAAGGGCGGCCCAAAAAAGGUUCAAGGACUCAGCAGAACCAGCAAGAGGUUCACUUCAUGAAACGUCACCCGAAGGGGAAGGUGGACCCUCUCCCGGAAUUCCGCUUCACCACGGUGACGAAACGGACUCGCAGGGCCCGGCGCUUGAAGCCCAGCUCCAACUGACAGGCAGGCCGGGAGCCCAGUCGGUGUGCAAGAGACUCGGCCCUCUCGCCUCAGAGUAUCACUACAGAACUUUUAAAAAAGAUGUUCUAUUUUUGUACUUGAGGAGUGUGAAAUAACUCCAUUCUGCUGGAUGAUUCUGUUUUUUUUUUAUUAUUAUUUUAUUUAUACUGGAUGGACUGAAACCAAGGUGUUUUUUUGACAUCUUUCCAUUGCUACUUUUCAAAUUGAUAACAGAAGAAGAGAAACCUCUGAGGGGUUAACGGAAAGCUCAUUCAGACUCACUGUCUUGGUGGAAGCCUCUUCACAUUUUGGGAUUACCAGUACAAGGAUGGAUUGUUUUAUAUCUGCUGGGACUGGACAUCAUUGAGACCAAAAUAGAGAGAUACAUUAGUGUGUGAGUUUAGUUAACUGCUUAGCUUUAAGUGCAAUAUUUUAUUCAGGCCCUGUUUUUCAAGGUAGUUCUAUGAAAAGUGCUUUUGGAUCCGCCUAACUCCAAUGUGACUAACGGCCAUUUCUUCAUGGAUUGUGUUGAAAUUUCUGGUAGCUAUGGUGAUAUUAUAUCCUCCUGUGACCUAAAUGCAGCUCAGUGUAACAUGUUCUUGCGUGCCUGGCACGUACAGUAAUUGUUGAGGUUAUCCAAGUCCCACAUUCAAGGAAAACCACUGUUUAUGUAAUGGGACAAAACCCAGAUUACUAUUAUUGGAAUAAUAAAUUCCUAACAAACAGUAGCUUUUUAAUCUUGUACACCUGCGAUUAAUUGUCUUACAUGAGGCACAUCGAAUCACUGGCCAAGAUAACAGCUCCAAGACUAUUACUGGACAUACCUGUCUAAAAUUUCCCACAUCUUUAGACAACAGUAUUUGACAACAUGCAGUCACUUAAAAUAUGCAGUAGUUUUUUAAUAACAUUGUUUUUUCUUUUUAUUAUAUAUAAUUGUUGUCCCGCAGUUUAUAUAAUCCAGAAUAUUUGAAUCAUUUCGCUACAUUAGGUUAAUCCAAAUAUGUACAUGUGGUAAAGACAGUACUUUUUAAAGGAGCAAAGUAGGUGUAUACUACUUGAUAACUGACUCGACUGUCUAAGGAAUAGUCCUCAGCUGAUUGUAAAAACAGUACUUUAAUAGGACCAAGGAGAAUGUUAUUAAUUUGCUCAUGAUUACCCAAUUAAGUAAAAGCAAAUUAAUAUGAAAUAGUUUUCUGCGGAGUAAAACAUUUAGCUUAUUCCUGCAAAAAUUCUGACUGCAAAUGACCAAAAUGUAUUUAUUUCUUCUGUGAUGAUAGCAGAAAAGAAUGUGCUUUCAGAACAAAAAAAGGAAUUAUAAUCACUUCUUUUCUGCUUUGUUUCUAAGAGUGUGGUAUUCACCUCACUUUAAGUCUCUCAAUAGUAAAUAAACCUCCUUUUUGUGUCGUUUGUGCCUUAAAAUUGGAUCACAAGACAAUAUGAAAAUGCUAGUGAAUAUUUCAGGAGGAACUUAAUAUCUAUUUAUAAUGUUCCAUUCAAGUAUUAUUUACUUAGCCUUGACAUGAAAGGUGCUUGUACUAACUGACCUAUUGUACAGUUAAAUCCAGUAUGUUUAGUGUCUUAUAUAGUCUUCGUGACACCCAAUUACAUUAUGAUUGGUAACAAAAUCAUGUGAACAUUUUUCUUGCUUUUUUUAAAAUAACCAAGGACUAAGGGAAUAAGAACCAAUUUCCAUCAUUCACUAUAGAGUUAGUGGGUGUAGAAAGAGUCUGAGAGGAGGAGAGCUAGCUGUGGCUAGAAGGCCUGUAUUCUGCACAGAUGCAGCUAUUGGUUUAGAAUGUAUCUAAAGGAGCUUCUCUGUUUCAGAAAAUAGAUGUUUUUUGUUGCGUUGUUUUUGAUGUUAUGCCUUCCUGAAAAUCUGUAAAUUUAUUUUUUAAGGAACUGAAAUGUUAAUCGGCUGACUCCAGUACUGGAUUUUUAAUCACACAAAUGGCCGCAGAAUUGGUCGUCAGAGGAAAUUGGAGUUGGAGUUUUGGAGUCCACAGAAGGCUCAGUGCCUUGGGGCAGUGAUUUUUAACUUUGGGCCUCAAUAUUGGUAGGGUUGUACUAUUUACUCAUCUGCCAAGGGGCAGUCUUUAUUGUGUAUGACUUGCUACUAACAACUUGACAAGUAUGAUUUAAAAUGUAUGCGAUUUUUUUAUGACUAUUAUAACAUAUUUAUUGCAUUUCAUUGUAAAUACAACCUGAUGAAUUUAUUUGGCCUCUGAUAAUAAAGUGAGGACUAUAUUUAAA